AUGUUCCUUCAACGCACAGCCUUCACCCUUGCGAGGCGCACUCCUGCCCGGGCCUUCGCUGCUCGCCCGUUCUCCUCCUCCGUCAUCCGCUCCAACAAGGCCAAGUACGGAGUUGAGAAGGAUGGCAAGAUCCUUCCUUUCGAAGAGAUCAACACUGAGCAGGACCUCGUUCCCCCCGGUGCCAAGCCCGGAACCGUCCCCAGCGACGUUGAGCACGCCACCGGUCUCGAGCGUCUGGAACUUAUCGGAAAGAUGCAGGGCAUUGACAUCUUCGACAUGAGGCCCCUGGAUGCCUCCCGCAAGGGAACCCUUGACAACCCCAUCAUUGUCAACGGUGCCGGUGACGAGCAGUACGCCGGUUGCACUGGCUACCCUGCCGACUCUCACCAGGUCAACUGGCUGACGGUGUCCCGUGACCGCCCUCUCGAGCGCUGCGGCGAGUGCGGUAACGUCGUCAAGCUGAACUACAUCGGCCCCGACGAGGACCCCCAUGCCCACGACCACGGCCACGGCCACCCCGCUCCCGAGGAGCCCAAGACCUUCGCCGACUACGUCAAGCCCGAGUACUGGUACCGGUAA